AACCUCUGACUGCCUCUCUCGCUCUCACUGUGUCUCUCUACCUCUCUGAGCUUAUCAGUCUAUAAAAACACUGCAUGUGUGUGUGUGUGUGUGUGUGUGUGAGAGAGUGAGAGAGGGCGGAGGGCAGAGAGAGCGACAGAGAGAGAGAGAGAGAGCCUCAGCUAAAAGAGUAAAAAUAGUGAAGUGUGAGAAAGUCUGUGUUUGUGAGGAGGACAAGUCUGACAGAGACUGAGGACAAGUCUGACAGAGGAGGACAAGUCUGACAGAGGAGGACAAGUCUGACAGAGGUGGACAAGUCUGACAGAGACUAAGCAGGACAAGUCUGACAGAGGAGGAAGAAUGUCUGUGAAUGGGAAGGUGGCUCUGGUGACCGGGGGGGCCCAGGGCAUUGGCCGAGCCGUGGUUCAGUCCCUUCUGAAGAGCUUAGCCAAGGUGAGUGUGGUGGACCUGAACCAGUCCAGCGGUGAGGAGUGUAAGAAGCAGCUGGACGCAGAGUUCGGAGAAGGAAACUGCUCGUUCAUUCAGUGCGACGUCUCUGACGGAAACGCGCUCAAAGAUGCCUUCCAGAGAACCGUGGACCAGUUUGGUCGCCUGGACAUCGUCAUCAACAAUGCUGGAAUCAACAAUGAAAAGAACUGGGAGAAGACGAUAGAAGUCAACCUGACAUCUGUAAUUAAAGGGACAUACCUGGGUUUGGAGCACAUGAGCAGAGAGCACGACAAAGAAGGAGGAACCAUCAUCAACGUGUCCUCUAUGGCAGCUUUUCUUCAUUCUCCUCAUCAACCUGUUUAUACUGCGACUAAGCAUGGAGUCAUCGGCUUCACCAGAGCUAUGGCUGACGCGUCCUCUCAGGGCGACUACGGCGUCCGUAUCAAUGCUCUGUGUCCAGCGUUCGUGGACACGCCUCUGCUGCACUCGGUGGAAUGUGAGGACCACAUGGGAAAGUUUGUCAAGUUCAAGGACGAUUUCAAACGCAGCAUGAUCAAGUUUGGAGUUCUACAGCCGCCGUUGAUCGCAGAAGGCAUGAUGAGGUUGAUCACAGACUCCAGUCUCAACGGAGCCGUGAUGAAGAUCACCUGCUCAAAGGGAAUCCACUUCCACACGUAUGAACCCAUGUCUGCUUGAACCCAGACCCAAAACUGCACUUGUUGCCAUUGCCGUGGAAACACCACAGACUGAUACAGGGAAAGUGUUGCGUCAUUUACUUGUUGUCUUAAAGCUACAGUAUGCUGAAUAGCAAGAAACAUGGACAAUUUGCUGAGUCUCCUCCCCUGAUCAUUAAAUAGUAAAAUUUUUCUCUCCUAAGCUCCACCCACCAUGUGAGGGCGGACCGACGUAAAGGUUCAACGUACAACUGUAACUCAUUUUGAUCACUUAGUCACGUUUGUGCUUUGUUCGUCAAACGUCUUUGGUUUUUGUCCACAAACACAAAAAUGAUUGAGUUUAAAUGUUUCCUUUGUUUUUAUGGAGCAAAGAAACCAGAAAAUAUUCACUUUUAAGAAAAAUCACACAAAAUUAU